GCUGGAGGCCUCCACAGGUUCGCCUCUCCGCCUCCGGUUGCCGGCGAUAGCAAAGUCGAGGGGCGGCGCGGCGAAUCGGUCCGGGAGGCGGGCAAAAUCGAGCGCCACCGCGCCGGCAAGCCAAAGCGCCGUGUUCUCGGGUGCUUUCGUGCAGCUACGUCCCGCGUCGGGGCGGCUGCCUCCUGUCGGCCGGCGUUGCCCAGGCGGACAGGCGACAACGGCCAGCGGAGAGUCCGGCGGUCUGGGCGUCUGGCAGCAGCAGCAGCAGCACAGCAGGCGGCGACUUCCACUGGGCCUCAAGCUGCCAUCUCACCACAUUACCUGACUGUAGCCUUGUGGACAAAGCACGGGAGCAGGGUUGCGCCACCUCUUUGAGUGUCAUAGGCUGCUGCAUAAGUAUACACACACAGGUGGCCAUGGCAUCACGUAAGCUUCUCAUGGGCCUCACAACCAGGAGGCGACUACAAUCCCGCACUCAGCAACUAUUCUGGACCACCAGUCUCCCUGAAGCUACCACCUCUCGGUCCCUCGUGGUGGCUGCUGGUACAGCGCAGCUAUCCGGCAGGUCUCCAGCAGCUCUUCUCUUCUCUUCAAGGACCGUCUCGUCGACGCAGCCCGUGACACAGUCGGCAGGAGAUGUGUCUGGCUCUGGCCCAUCUGCAGUGGAUCACAAGUUGGCAAUGCAAGAGGAUGAGUUUCACAAAUUAGCAGAUGAGACGAUUCAUGAUUUGCUUGAAAAACUUGAGGAGUAUGGUGACUCCAUUCAGAUGGAUGGUUUCGACAUAGAGUAUGGGAAUCAGGUUUUGACAUUAAGGCUUGGGGAUUUGGGGACAUAUGUUAUAAACAAGCAAACGCCAAACAAACAAAUCUGGCUAUCUUCACCUGUGAGUGGCCCUUCUAGGUUUGAUUGGGAUGCAACAACUAAUGGUUGGAUAUACAAGAGGACUGGAGUGAACCUUGUGCAGCUUCUGGAGAAGGAGAUUGGUGAGCUCUGUGGUAAACCAGUAGAACUUUCAUAAAGUACAGGAAAUGCCACACAGCUAGGUUGGAUUGAGAGUGCACUUGAGGGAAUGAGACAUUCGUGUAAUAUGGUUUUUUUUUUUUUGUUCUACGUAUUUGCACACGGUUUCGAAUAAAUAAUUUCCCCUCGCUGGUAACAGGACACAGUAUUAUUCAUCAGGUAACUGCAAAGUGAAUGCUCGUGGAACUUUGUAGUCCAAUUUUCAGCUUUUGUUAGUAUCAUAAUCUGAGCAA